AUGUACGACGCACUCCCCGUUUCCCUCGACGCACUCGAGAGAGCUGGCCUUGUCUCUCCCGAACUCCUUCGUCUCAGGAUGGAGGGACAGGUCGAUGUCCAUGAGCAAGUUUCCUCCAGUGACUCGUCUCUCGAACUAGAUGGAAGGGAUUUUACAAUCACCUCGGAUUAUGAUCCAUCUAUCGAUGGCUCUUCUGAAGUUGGUUCGGUGACUUCAAGUAUAUAUGCACAUAUCCAUGAGCACGGAAGUGCCCAUAUCUUGCACGCUCGCCCUCGCUAUACUUUUGCUGAUUCGGGACUAAAUAUAUAUGUGACAGACGUUAUCUACGGGAGAUAUCCUAUACCCAACGAUGAGAACGAAGAAGGUCGUGAAAGCCUACGACACUCGAUGGCCUUGACGCUGCUUAAAGGGAAACUUUUUCUUGCACCAAUCGGGGAUAACCCGCAGAGAAUCGUCGACCUCGGAACCGGCUUUGGUCAAUGGGCUAUUGAGAUGGGAGAUGCUUUUCCAAGCGCCCAAGUCACUGGCAUAGAUCUGUCGCCCGUGCAGCCUGUGUGGGUUCCUCCCAACGUCAAUUUUGUCGUCGAUGACAUUGAAGAGGACGCCUGGGGCAGGGACGGUAUUUUUGAUUAUGUGCACUUGCGAGUCACUGCAAGCGUUCUCAGAGACCCUAUAAAAGUAGCCGCGACAGCUUUCGAUAAGCUGAAACCGGGCGGCUGGAUUGAAUUCCAAGAGAUAUAUCCAAAAGUUUCAUGCGACGACGGAAGCAUGCCCGACGACUUUCCGCUCAUCGAACUAUACGAUUUAAUAGAACGCUUGCUGGCUCGACACAGCGGCUUCCAGAUUUAUGUCGCCGAGCAACUCCCGCACGAGCUCGAGAGGCUCGGCUAUGUCAACAUACAGCGGCGUGUCUUCAACAUCCCCGUGGGGACUUGGGCAAUGAGUCGCCGACUGUCAAGGGCUGGCUAUCUAUUUCGGGUGGUCGUGGCUGAGCUUGUGCCUGUACUUGCCGCCAAGGCCGAGCAGAUGGGAAUCCCGUGUGAAGAGGUCGAAGGUCUCUCCUGUCGCGUCCUCGAUUCGAUGCAUGCCGACCAGCCAACAAACGUCCAUGCAUAUGUACCGUUCCACUUUAUCUGGGCGCAGAAACCCGAGUUAUGA